AUGGACCUGGAUUACCGUGAUGGACCCAUGAGUUCCGUGAUGGACCCAAAAACCAGCAAUCAAGUCCCAGAAGACGUCCCCAGGCGACCAAAAGGCCAGAGGACCUCAGGACGGCCAAGAGGCCAGAGGACCCCUGAGACGACCAACAGGCCCAGAGAACCUCCCCUAGACGACCAAGAGGCCAGAGGACCUCCCCUAGACGACCAAGAGGCCAGAGGACCUCCCCAGGCGACUAAGAGGCCAGAGGACCUCAGGACGGCCAAGAGGCCAGAGGACCUCCCUAGACGACCAACAGACGAGCAAGAGGCAAGAGGACCCCCUAGACGACCAAGAGGCCAAGAGGACCCAUCCCUAGACGAAGCAAGAGGCCAGAGGACCCACCAGACGACCAAGAGGCCAGAGGACCCCUCUAGACGACUAAGAGGCCAGAGGACCUACCUAGACGAGCAAGAGGCCAGAGGACCUCCUAGACGACCAAGAGGCCAGAGGACUCCCCUAGACGACCAAGAGGCCAGAGGAUCCCCAGACGACCAAGAGGCCAGAGGACCUCACCUAGACGACCAAGAGGCCAGAGGACCUCCCCAGACGACCAAGAGGCCAGAGGACCUCCCCCAGGAGACUAAGAGGCCAGAGAACCUCAGGACGGGCUAA